AUGAUCGUUUUAUCAGAUGUUAAUAAAAAUGUAAAGUAUAAAGAAGACUAUGAAUUCAAUGCUGGUAGUGUUAGAAAAAUCAAUGAAUAUAAAGAAGUCUAUGAAUUUAAUAUUAGCAGUAAUAGAGAAAAUGAGAAGUAUAAAGAUUAUGAAUUUAAUAAUGGCAAUGUUAGAGAAAAUGAGGAGUUUGAAGAUUAUAAAUUUAAUAAUAGCAGUAUUAGAGAAAAUAAGGAGUAUGAGGAUAUUAAAAGUAGCA